UUAGCAACCCUUUUUUUUUUUUUUUUGUUUCUUUAACUGCUUUUAUCUUUCUCUUUUAAUAUUCCUCUGUAUUUCAGCGAAAGCGCGUUUUCUAUGAUUUUUCUGUGGGUCCCUCCCAGCUAUUCUCCGUCACAUUUCUUCUUCAAGCUCCUCUCAUCUCAUUUUCUUCCUCUUUCAAUGCCAUAAACAAAUUUCAAAAACCGUAACUUAGAAAGCCCCAAUAACAGAACUUGUAUUCAUGGCUGAAAAUGGUGAAGAGAAACUUAUAGCUGUUGCUCGUCAUAUUGCUAAAACCCUUGGUCAUACUGAUACUAUGACUGAUGAUAUUCUCCAAAUCUUUUCUAAUUUUGAUAAUCGACUCCGUGAAAAACUGAGUGAUGAUCAACCCACUAGCUCUGCUUCACUUGAACGAAUCCUUAAAUCCCUUCAUCGUCAGAUCUCUCGUCAAGUCUCCAGCGACCAUCCCAUAUGGUCAGAUUCAGCUGAUUCGGCUACCUUCCUUGAUUGUGUUGACGAAUUGUUGUCCACAAUUCGUGAAUGGAAUCCUAUGGCAAAUGAUAAAUCGGUUUCUGCUUCUCUUGAUAAAGCUGAGGAUUUACUUCAGCUAGUUAUGUUUCGUUUAGAAGAUGAGUUCAGAAUCCUCAUGAAACGCGCUGUUGAGUCCGUGGAUCACACGCGCUUCCAGGAUGGUGAGCAUUCUUCUGAAUCUGAAGAAGAAGAAGAUGAUAGUGAGAUUCCUAUAGCACAUCCCAUAACUAAUUACGAUAUCCUUAUUGAAGCUUUACCGGCGGGAAUCAUCAGCGAUCUCCACGAGAUUGCAAGAAGAAUGGUGGCCGCCGGGUAUGGGAAAGAGUGUUCGCACGCCUACAGCGUGUGUAGAAGAGAGUUCUUGGAAGAGAGUCUGAGUAGACUCGGGUUGCAGAAGCUGAGUAUUGAUGAAGUCCAGAAAAUGCAGUGGACUGAGCUUGAAGAUGCGAUUGAGAAAUGGGUCAAAGCGGUAAACGUAGCGCUCCGGAUUCUGUUCCCAAGUGAACGUCGACUCUGUGAUCGUGUCUUCUUUGGAUUCACCUCUCUUUCUGAUCUAUCUUUCAUGGAAGUUUCUAGAGGUUCUACUAUUCAGCUUCUCAACUUUGCUGAUGCUGUUGCUAUCUCUAGUCGAGCCCCGGAGAGACUUUUCAAGGUAUUGGAUGUUUAUGAGGCACUUAGGGAUUUGAUGCCUCAAUUUGAAUUGAUGUUUUCAGAUCAAUAUUGUGUGCUAUUGAGGAAUGAAGCAUUGACUAUAUGGAGGAGAUUAGGUGAUGCUAUUAGAGGGAUAUUCAUGGAGUUGGAGAAUUUGAUUCGACGUGAUCCUGCCAAGACGCCGGUUCCAGGUGGCGGACUCCACCCAAUUAAUCGGUAUGUGAUGAAUUAUAUCCGUGCAGCUUGUCGAUCCCGUAUUACUCUUGAACAGAUUUUUGAGGAGACCAUUGUGCCAUCUGCUAGUGCUGUUGAUUAUAGAGAGGGGGAUGAUAGAACACUUUCAUCUUCUUCCUUGGCUGUUCAAAUGGCAUGGAUUAUGGAGUUACUUGAGAGUAAUCUGGAAGCAAAAUCAAAGAUUUACAAGGAAUCUGCUUUGUUGGCUGUUUUUAUGAUGAAUAAUGAAAGAUACAUUGUUCAGAAAGUUAAAGAUAGUGAGUUGGAAUUGCUUUUAGGUGAUGAUUGGAUACGAAAACAUGCUGCCAAAGUUAAGCAGUAUCACAUAAAUUAUCAACGAAGUUCGUGGAGUAAGGUCUUAGGGGCUCUGAAGAUUGAAAACAAUGCUAUCUCGCCUACUGGAGCAUCGAGGUCUUUGAAAGAAAAGCUUAAAUUAUUCAAUUCAUACUUUGAGGAGAUAUGCAAAACUCAAUCCACUUGGAUAAUCUUUGAUGAGCAACUACGGGAGGAUUUAAGGAUUUCUGUAGCAGGGACUUUGUCUCCAGCAUAUCGCAACUUUCUCGGGAGGUUGCAGAGUAAUAGCGAUUCAGGCAGGCACGCAGAGAGGCAUAUCAAGUUUAGUGUAGAGGAUCUUGAAGCUCGAAUCACUGAGUUGUUUCAGGGGAACAGGGGAUCGGGUGGUGGCAGGAAGUGAGAGCAAAGUCUCUAAGCAAGUGAUUGCAUCUCUUGUACCAUAUAUGUAUGCUAGUUUAGCUGUCAGAUAUUUUGUUGCAUGUUCAUGUAAUGCUGGUCAUUGUGGCCUUUUCAUGGCUCUAUAUCGUGUCCUCUAAUACUUAUUGUACACACUGAUGGAAUCCAUAAGAAAACUGCUGGAAUGUACUGCCAUUAUCUUAGGUGUGAUUUAUUUUCUUAAUUAUUUUUUUGGACUGGUAGGUGUAAUUAGUUUGUUUGAAUGGGUUACUUGUGUUAGAAGAA